AAACCGAAUGAGGCGCGCGGGGACCCCGGCUGCGCAGAGCGCGCGGUGCCCCUGCAGCUGCAGCUGCCGCCGCCGCAGCCUCUCCUGGGCUCCAGCCGCCGCCUCCCCCUCGCCCCACUGCGCGGCCGGCUCUACGCUGUUCCGUGUGCCACGGCGGGGGCCUUUGCGCGGCCGGUGAACUUCCAGGGCGAGUCCCAACGGACCUCCUGGGCCCGAUCGACAGGCGGGCGGACGCGCAGACGGACAGACUGACCGGCAGCCGGCGAGCAGCAUGGCGGUGGAAGAAGAGGGGCUCCGGGUCUUCCAGAGCGUGAAGAUCAAAAUCGGUGAAGCCAAAAAUCUUCCCACGUAUCCGGGGCCAAACAAGAUGCGAGAUUGCUACUGCACUGUGAACCUGGACCAAGAGGAGGUUUUCAGGACCAAAAUAGUGGAAAAAUCACUCUGCCCCUUUUAUGGAGAAGACUUUUACUGUGAAAUUCCUCGGAGCUUUCGUCACCUGUCGUUUUACAUUUUUGAUAGAGACGUUUUCCGGAGGGAUUCCAUCAUAGGGAAAGUGGCCAUCCAGAAGGAAGACCUGCAGAAGUACCAUAACAGAGACACCUGGUUCCAGCUGCAGCAUGUUGACGCUGACUCCGAAGUGCAGGGCAAGGUCCACCUGGAGAUGAGGCUGAGUGAAGUCAUCACGGACACUGGUGUCGUUUGCCAUAAACUUGCUACACGCAUCCUCGAGUGCCAAGGCCUCCCCAUAGUGAAUGGACAGUGUGAUCCUUAUGCCACUGUGACGUUAGCAGGACCAUACAGAUCAGAAGCAAAGAAGACAAAAGUGAAAAAGAAGACCAACAACCCCCAGUUUGACGAAGUGUUUUAUUUUGAGGUGACCAGACCCUGUAGCUACAGCAAAAAAUCCCACUUUGACUUUGAGGAGGAGGAUGUAGACAAACUUGAAAUUAGAGUUGACCUCUGGAAUGCCAGUAACUUGAAAUUUGGAGAUGAGUUUCUGGGAGAACUGAGGAUUCCGUUGAAAGUCCUACGGCAGUCGAGCUCCUAUGACGCCUGGUAUUUCCUUCAACCGCGAGAUAACGGCAGUAAAAGCCUGAAACCAGACGAUCUGGGGUCCUUACGGUUGAAUGUGGUUUACACAGAAGACCAUGUUUUCUCCUCAGACUAUUACAGUCCUCUUCGAGACCUCCUAUUAAAGUCUGCAGAUGUGGAGCCCGUCUCUGCGUCGGCGGCCCAUAUUUUGGGAGAAGUUUGUCGGGAGAAGCAGGAGGCAGCCAUCCCCCUGGUGCGUCUCUUCCUCCACUAUGGCAAGAUCGUGCCUUUCAUCAGCGCCAUUGCAAACGCCGAAGUGAAAAGGACGCAAGACCCAAAUACCAUUUUCCGUGGAAACUCUUUGACUUCCAAGUGCAUUGAUGAGACGAUGAAGCUGGCAGGGAUGCACUACCUCCACGUCACCCUGAAACCCAUCAUAGAGGAGAUCUGCCAAAGCCACAAAUCAUGUGAAGUUGACCCUGUAAAGUUAAAAGAUGGAGAAAACCUUGAAAACAACAUGGAAAACCUGAGGCAGUAUGUGGACCGCAUCUUCAAUGUGAUCACCAAGUCUGGGGUGAGCUGCCCGACCGUCAUGUGCGACAUAUUCUUCUCCCUGAGGGAGUCGGCAGCCAAGCGCUUCCAGGAUGACCUGGACGUGAGGUACACUGCUGUGAGUAGCUUCAUUUUCCUGAGGUUCUUCGCUCCUGCCAUUCUCUCCCCCAACUUGUUCCAGCUCACCCCUCACCACACAGACCCACAGACUUCUAGAACUCUGACGCUUAUUUCAAAGACCAUUCAAACUCUUGGCAGCUUAUCCAAAUCAAAAUCUGCCAGUUUUAAGGAGUCCUACAUGGCUACAUUUUAUGAAUUUUUCAAUGAGCAGAAAUAUGCUGAUGCAGUAAAAAAUUUCUUAGAAUUGAUUUCGUCCUCCGGGAGAAGAGACCACAAAAGCAUAGAGCAGCCCAUCCUGCUUAAAGAAGGGUUCAUGAUUAAGAGGGCACAAGGAAGAAAACGCUUUGGAAUGAAGAAUUUUAAGAAAAGAUGGUUUCGCCUGACAAACCAUGAAUUUACCUAUCAGAAAAGCAAAGGUAACAAGAAAGGAGACCAGCCUCUCUACAGCAUUCCCAUCGAGAACAUUCUGGCCGUGGAGACUCUGGAGGAAGAGUCCUUCAAAAUGAAAAACAUGUUCCAGGUCAUUCAGCCCGAGAGGGCGCUGUACAUCCAGGCCAACAACUGCGUGGAGGCCAAGGACUGGAUCGACAUCCUCACCAAGGUCAGCCAGUGCAACAAGAAGCGCCUCACUGUCUACCACCCCUCCGCCUACCUGAACGGCCACUGGCUGUGCUGCAGGGUCUCCUCGGACACGGCGCCCGGCUGCACGCCCUGCACCGGUGGUCUUCCAGCAAACAUUCAGCUUGACAUCGACGGAGACCGGGAGACGGAGCGCAUCUAUUCCCUCUUUAACUUAUAUAUGAAUAAGCUGGAGAAAAUGCAAGAGGCCUGUGGGAGCAAAUCCGUCUACGAUGGGCCCGAGCAGGAAGAGUACUCAACAUUCAUCAUCGAUGAUCCCCAAGAGACCUACAAGACACUAAAGCAGAUCAUCGCCGGGGUUGGAGCUUUGGAACAAGAGCAUGCCCAGUACAAAAGGGAUAAAUUCAAGAAGACGAAAUACGGGAGCCAGGAACACCCUAUUGGAGACAAGAGUUUCCAAAGCUACAUCAGACAACAGUCUGAGAUUUCCACUCAUUCCAUUUAAAAGCUGUUGGAUGUCCCAGGAGGCACUGAUGUGUUCAACAAGAAAGGCCAAAAUCUUUGGAAAGGAAAAGAAUGAGUGAGCAAAGAAGAGGGCAGAGCAAGCAAGAAAAGGGAAUCCACGUUUCAUCCAAUUCUAUAGAUAAUAAGUGUCAAGCUUAUGAAACUUUUGAGACUUGUGUUGUCUUUUCCUCUCUCCAAGAACUGUUACAAUAGUUGCUAUGCACUUUAUUCAUCUGCCGUUGACAGGUGACCCAAAAUCUGCCUUUCUGGCAUGUGUUGUCUUUUUUUUUUUUUAGUUUGCUUUGGUUUCUUGGGAAUCUAGUGAUCAGUUCAAUGAUCAAGAUGCAUGGACGUUACCAUGGCAACACCCUGGCAGUCCUUCCCCCUAGAGAAACCAAGUACGCCCUUGUUGAGUUGAUUAACAAGACAGCAUUAUUCUAAUAGGGCCGAGUAUUUUUUGUUUCAUGUGCAGUUUUGCUGUUGCCAGUCUCUGUACAGUUGCCCAGCACCUGUGUAGCCCUUUAGGCACUCUGCUUUUAACUCUCUGCUUUUACCACUUCGGUGACAUUAAAGUAUUAUUCUUUCCUUAUGAGCCUGCUAUCCUUUAUUGACAAGGGGCAGGCUGGGGAAGACGGCCUCCUGGUUUCAGUUUUUUGAUGUUGGGUUUGUUCCCAGCUGAAGAUCAGUUUUGUGCCUGGGAUGUGUGGGACUGCAAAGAAAUCCCCAUUUGAGGAUGCACUUAUUUUUGGAAUAUGGGGUUCCUUCUGCAGAGAGCUCCUGGCCUUUGGCUUGUGCUGGGAUCUGAGAUGGCUUUGAAAUGAUCAGUGGGCAAAGGAUGGGUGCAGGAUCCCUGCCCUUGCCAACUGUUCUGAGGAUGCGUCCCACAGCCUGCCUCUGGGAGUCAGGCUAACUGAAGCUGAGGAGCCGGGGUGUCUGCUGAACCCCCGACUCCAUGCACAAAGCUGUUUUGUUGCUGAAUGGGAUUUAAAACUAGAAUCCCUAUGUUGCCACCACUUGUGGAAGUUUGGGGAAGGCUUUUUACAAAGGUACAUUUUUUCAAGCUGUUUUUCUUAAUGUUUUUAAAAGACUUUUUCAUUAGCUCUUUGAUAUCAAGUAACUCAGAAUAUCAAAACCUAUACUCAUUAAAGAGUAGGGCAAAUAAAAAGGGAAUGGAUCACGUAGGGCAAGUAAAAAGGGAAUGGAUCAUGUAUCUCAGCUAAAGGUCUUAAAAAGAAAGUAGAAGAAGGAAAGAAAUUCUAUUAGCUUGAAAUAUGCAGCCUCUCCAGACAGUCCUCUUGGGGCCCCACAAAUAAUAUUUUGCCUGUAUCUCCACAAAGAGACCCAAGAAGCUACAGGGGCUCUGGCAGUUUAACAGGCCAGCAGCUGGGUUUCCUCUUUUAUUAGGACUUGGGAGUAGAAGGUGAGGAUGGGGAGGAAGUUUCAAGAAAGACCAGGAAAAAAGAGGGGGUGGGGUGGAAGGCAAGUCGAACCAUCUUCAGCUGGCUCCCAGACUCUUGGCUAAAAAGAAACCUAUUCCAAAAGCCAGUCUUCUCACAGAGUGUGCAGUGUGCAGAUCAGCAGGCUGGUGUUUGGAAAGCACUGUUUAAAUAAAUAGUAUGAUGUAUCCUUGUAAUGAUUUCUCUCUGUUCUUUGUUUGGAAAUAUUGUAGGUCAGAUUCUUAAUCUAGAUGGCAAAUAGUAAUAUUAUUUGUUGUCAUAAAAAAAAAUAGUGGAGAAAAAUGUGGCAGAAAAUAAAGUUUGGGACACACAGCCAUCAGGCUGCCACCGAACCAGAAUUUUUAACAUGGAUUUGUAACUUAAGAUUUCUGUUUAUGAAAUACUAAUGAUUUGCGAUGUAUUUUACUGGCCAAUUAAAGCAGAUGUUUUAUUCUUUCUGA